AAAAACAAUUGAACGUUGUUUACAUGUCAACAACCAUCUCCUUAUUUAGUAAUGUUUUCUGAAUCUCCAUGAAAAAUCGAAUUUUAUAACCCACCCGGUUUGCUGUAGAUGCCCUUUCCAUUAUUUUUGAAACCCUAUACCCAAAUCUCCAGCCAUUAUGCGAACGCCUUUGAGAUAUCGUAGCGAAGAGAUAUUGCACGAAUUAUUCGAAGAGAUCAAUGAUUACCUUGGAGAUAAAGUCCCAGACCAAGGCCGGGACCCAGAAAAAAGUGAGGAAUUGAAAGCGAUUUCCGAUGAGGCUCCUCCGCUAUCGCCGUAUCAAAGGCCUAUGCUAGUCGAAUCCGACAGCGAAGAAGAGAACUCCAUACACAAUGAGAGUCGUUAUCAACAUCAUCUUCAUCCCCAAGAUCAGGAUCGGUCUCCGGAGGAAGACCGAGAUGAUCACAGCCUAUCGAAUGAUAUGCCGUCUCCCGCUCUGUCGCCUACACGAUCAUGCUCAGAGUCGCCUGAAACGCCGACCAACGAACCUCGCUCUCCGAGUCAAACCUGUGGUCACUGCAAGCAAGAGAUGCCUGUUCACGGGCUUACCGUGGAAACCGGAGCCGGUCGACCCUUGGUCUGUGCCAGCUGCAGCAGCAGUAUCAAGCCUACGAAAUCGACCUCGUCCAAGCUGACCGGCAUUGCCAAUAAAGUGAAAAACACUCUAUCCCCUCCAGCGAGUAAACAGAGUUCGGAACGCCGUCGUCACUCUUUGGUGUCGGGAUUGUCUAUUCUGCCACGGAUGCGGUCCUUUACCUUUGACCGAGGCAACAAAAGCGAAGCCGCUGCUGAGCCCCAACUAGCUUCCCGACCGGAGCCGAUGCGUCACUACAGCCAACCAGUACAGCACCCACCGUACCAUGGCUACGAGAGUUACGACUUUCAAGACCAUCACUCGCAACAGUAUGAAGCAGAGGAAUACAAUGGAGAAGCUUACCAUACAGAGGAUUCCAUCGUUAUUGAAUCUCCGGAAAUCUACCAGGCCGACCCAUGUUAUUCUGUAGAAGAAGAUCAUUAUCAGCGGGCAGAACCAUAUCCAUCCAUGGGGCCAAGUUUGACUAGUCCCAUUUAUCGUUUGAAAGAACUCAUGGACAAUGACAGCGUCCAGAAUACCCAAGACGAGGAACCAGUGGAGGACGAUUUCGUAUACGAGGACGAACACCCUGAACCAGUGCCAGAACAGGACGACUAUCGUUUACCAACCGAAAUAUUCCAAGAACCAGAAUCCACGUUCAAGGGUGAGCAAAGCAAUAUGGGCUUUUUAACCCCUUCACGGCGUCGUGGAGAGCAGCAUAUACCGCUAAGAAUGGAAGACUCUCGACAACUGCGAGUGCUUACUACCACUGUAUUACGGCAAGAACGGAUUUGUCCGCUUGGGUGAAGAAGCAAUACGCCAAAGGUCCCCCAGAUACACUGUUUGAGUAUACCCCUCCGCCAAGAAAGCGACCAAAGAAAUUAUUUUCUUUAUUCAAGACCAAUGCAUCAAAAGCCAAAGAAAGUGAAUCCGAUGCGACGGCAGCAGCAAGAACUACCGCCGCUUUAUCGACCCAUUUGUCCACCGCCCACCUCAUUCAACAUUCGCGACCCAAACCGGGGUCGGAUACUUUAACUC